AUGCCGGACAUUUUGGUCGUGGUAGUAGGGACGCUGGAUGAGGCCCAACCUCAAGAACAAGAUGGAUUCCGUCAGGAGAUUAGCUGCUUGGACCACAUCCAGACCGUGUCGAAGGUCAAAGAGCGCAAUGCACUACAUACUUGUCGAAGAGGAGUCAUGGAAAGUUUAUAUCGGGCUAUGAGCUCGCAACUUAUUGAGACAACACUGAUUGUGAAAUCUCUUGUAUGGGCAACGGUCAAAGAAUUUUGCUAA